AUCAAUCCAUUAAGCAAGGAGGGGGGGGACACUGCUUUAUAGAGUGAGAGAUUCGGUGCGCAUAACAGUGGCACAGAGCUGCUCAGGGGGCUGGGGUCCCAUCUCCCCCGUUCUACCUUAAUCAGCCUUGGCUGUAGUUGCGCCAGUAGCCAGCAGAGGGCGUUCGGAUCCCCCCCCCCCAGCGGGCGCUGGUCGCAUAACCCGCCAUAUUGGGCGGCGCAGGAGCCCGGUGACCCGCUGACAGUGCCCUCCGCGACGCCAGAGCCGAGCCCAUGUCGGGCGUGCCGUUAUCCCCGGAGGCCCCGGGAGUGGAACGGGUGUCCCGGGCCCCCAGCUCGCCCCGUUCCCCCGCCCGGCGCUGCCUGUUCGGCCCGGUGGAUCAUGAGCUGUUGGCCCGGGACCUGGAGCGCAGCCUUCGGGCGAUGGAGAACGAGAAAAGCGAGAGGUGGAACUUCGACUUCCGCAACCACCGGCCGCUGCCGGGGCCCCUCCACUGGGAGGAAACGGAGAAGGCGCCCGAAUUCUACCGCAGGGGGCAGGAUUCCCAAUCACAGUGGGCCGAGGGCCAGGCGGAGCCCAGAGCCAAGAAGCGCAACGGGGAGACGGCGGAUUCCUCUGCCCCCUCCAUGAAGAAGUCCCACAGGAAAGAAGCUGAAGACACAGCAGGUGGCAGCUUAACUCCUCCCCCCGAGGAAACUCCCAAGAAGAGUAAACCCGGCACGUAAAGGAAUGGGACUCCAGACCACCCUCCCCCAGUGCUGGCUGGCUCCUGCCCACUCAGCCUGUUGUUCUCUGUCACUGGUGGGAGAUCCUCGCAAGCACUGAUACAGAGUAACACUACAGAGCCUGGGGCAUACGAUGUAGCAUUUGUGCAAUUAGGCACCUUCUCUCUCUCUCUCUCUCUCUCGCUCGCUCGCUUCUCUCACUUCUCUCACUACCUGUGUAAUCUCCAUCUCUUCCCCGUGUAGCACAUAAAUCGUUUUAGAAGGGGGUAGGGUGGGGGUGUGAAACGGGUUUCACCCUAAUCUGAGUGAAGAGAACUAUUUGGGGGCUUUUUUUUCUUUUUACAUUUUUGAGAAUCCCAGAACCUGGUCAGUGCAUGAGUAGCCCUUGCACAUUAUUCCGCAGCACCACGCCCUUUGGAAUACAGUUCCCAGAAUCCUCAGCGGGGCGUAUAUUUUGGCAUUUUUAUUGUUGGUAUGUAGCCAGGUUUGUCUUGAUGUAUUUACCCUUUAUGAUGAAAAGGUUUAGUGUGUGCAGGAACAUUCCCUCCCUACCGUUUAACUAUGGGUAGGAGCUGCCAUAUUGCUGCACUUAUGAGAGUUUAUUGUGCGCCUAGAACAUAUUGACAUAUUCAAAUAUUUGCAUUUCUUUCUUUCUGGAUAUUGAUGGGAGCUGCCAUAUUGCAAGCCGCCCAGCAUUUCCAUCCAGUGGUCUAUAGAUAAUUCCUUCCGGUUCUUUUGUCCUCUGGGCUGUGCUUAACCCUUGCUUAACCCAUGUCCCACCCCCUUCCUGUCUUGCUCCACCCAUGUCCCACCCCUUCCUGCCUUGCUCCACCCAUGUCCCACCCCUUCCCGCCUUGCUCCACCCAUGUCCCACCCCCUUCCUGCCUUGCUCCACCCAUGUCCCACCCCUUCCCGCCUUGCUCCACCCAUGUCCCACCCCCUUCCUGCCUUGCUCCACCCAUGCCCCACCCCCUUCCUGCCUUGCUCCACCCAUGCCCCACCCCCUUCCUGCCUUGCUCCACCCAUGCCCCACCCCCUUCCUGCCUUGCUCCACCCAUGCCCCACCCCCUUCCUGCCUUGCUCCACCCAUGCCCCACCCCCUUCCUGCCUUGCUCCACCCAUGCCUCACCCCCUUCCUGCCUUGCUCCACCCAUGUCCCACCCCCUUCCUGCCUCGCUCCACCCAUGUCCCACCCCCUUCCUGCCUCGCUCCACCCAUGUCCCACCCCCUUCCUGACAACACUGCCCCCCCCAGGCCUUAUGGGAACCUGCCACUGUACAUGGCAUUCAGGCAACACCCUUUGCCUUUUAAAGGGGAAAUACACCAAUGAUAAAUGUUCAUUCUACAAACAAAUUGCAUAAUACUUCCCCGUCACAAACAACAUCUCGUUUGUUCAGUAUCUUAACGAGGCUGCCAUUAACACUAAUGUCUCUAUGAAAGCAUGUGUUGUAUCAUGAACUGAUAAACAUAUCAGUGUUUCCAAAUUGUCCCCCCCCCCCCCCCCCACCACAGGCAGCUGGAGGUAAGCACUAUUUUUUUAUGAUCCUUACUUCCUGCUUAAUAACAGGAAGUGCAGUGUGCAAGGAUAAUGUCUUCCCCCCGCCCACUGAAUGAAAGCACUUAUUAUACCCCAAUAAAGGACUUGGAAGUAUAUAUUUUCAAGCAGUUUGAAGCUUGAUUGACCGGUUGAUACUUUCCCUUUAACAUCAUGCAUUCCAGAUACUGACGAGCCUCUUUUUUUUUUUAAUGCACAAGGGGGUGUUUUUAACCCUUCCCUCCCCUCCCAAAAAUAAUGUGUUUUGUAUCUCUCAUGUGCUGCAAGGUUACAUGCUCCACAGUGUUUAUUUUUUCUUUUUCCCCCCUUUUUUAUGAUUUUAUUACCUUUUUUUAUGCGUGUACAUAUAAAUUUAUAUAUCUAUUUUUUAAUUUGUAAUAUGGUUUGAAUUUUUUUUUUGCAAAUUCUGGUCUUAUAAACACUGGCAACAGCUGUUUGACAGAAGAUGGGUUGUUAGCUUUAUCUUUUUUUUUUAAUUUUUUUGGGCGUGGGUGUGCACUCACCAGUAAACAAACAGGUUCCGUUAUAAAAAACCCCCCAAAGGGUCUCAUUCCCUUUUUUUUUUCUUAGUACUACAGGAUCCCUUCCCUAGCAGUGAAGGGGUUAAACACAAUGCUGGGAAUUUACUCAUAAUUGCUGUGUUUAAAAAAAACUUGCAAUUGAUGUUAUUUUUCAUUUUUAGCUUUUGGGUCAGCAGCCUCUCCAGUUUGGAAUUUCAGCAGCUGUCUGGUUGCUAGGGUCCGGUUUGCCCUAGCAACCAGGCAGUGGAGCAGAGGCCCUUUUAAUAAGUAUUAUAGAGCAGGGUCGGUGUCUUUGGGCUCCGUAAUAAUAAAGGGAGGCAACAAACCCAUUUUUUGGGGUUUGGCCGAACCCCCGGACUCACCCUGACGGAUUCUACCGAAUCCCGAACCGAAUCUGAAUCCAGGUUUGUGAUUGGUGGAGCCUGUAUGCAUGCUUAAACGUGAUCUAUCCUAAUAGGCGGGGUUGCCAUUUGAGGGGGGACAGGACCAGGGUCGGACUGGGCCGCCGGGGAAAAUCCUGGUGGGCCCCGGCGGCCCAGACCCGACCCUUGCCGGCGCUCCCCCUGCCUGAAUGCUCCUCCCCUGACGCAUGCUCGGGGGAAGAUGUCGAGUGGGGGGCCCUGCAAGGGGGGUCAGGGGGGCCCCUGUGGGUGGAGCGAGGGAGGGAAUUGGGGGACACGGCCAUUGGGGGCACCUGCAGGGGUGGGAGCCUUGGUGGGCCCUUGACCCCCAAGUCCGACCCUGGACAGGACACCCAUCAGGGCCCAGCUGAAGAAGAGGGCCCAGACUGCUGUAAAAGGGGUUGAGUUGGGCAGAUUGGAUAAUCAUGUGGGCUACAUGCCCCUGACACCCCCAAGCAACCCCCCUUUUUUAUUUACAGUUAACAAUUAAGAACUGUCCUGCAUAAAUUGGGACAUUAUAUCAUUUUGUACCCCUGUUUAUCAAUACAAAUGCUGUAUAGUGAUUGUCCCGCCCCCGAGGUACCGAUAGCGGAUAAUACAAAGGCAAUACAGCAUUUUAUUUUGUUUGGUUUUUUUUUUUUUUAAACAUAAGCAAUAACGAGCACAUUCCCUUCGAGUCAAUAGAUCUUUGAUUCUACAUCAUGCAGAUAUGAUCUAGGUCAAUUUCCAGAUGGAGCUGCCCCCGCCCCCUCUUCCUAUGUCUCCGCCCAGGAGGAGCGAGGGGAAGCGGCCGCUCCGCAUAGCCAGUGUAUGUAGCAUACUAAAUGAUGGCAGGAUUUGAGGUGCGUGUGAGUAUUGCUGUGUAAAAACACUGAGAAAUUGUACUAACUUAUUUAUGUUUAAACAAGAAAAUGACAAAAAAAGAAAAUUGUUUAAUCUAGAAAUUUGAUUUUUUUUUUUUUUGUGAAGCCAAAGUGGCAGAAUUUGUGCAUCUGUAAAUGCCUUGUGUUAUUUUUUUUUUAAAGAAUUUUUUUUUGGCUAUUAAUGGAUUGCAGACUGAGCCCAACGCAUUUGUAAAUCUUUUUACAGUUUAAAAAAAAAAAACAAAAAAAAACAAUAAUAAUGGUUUGAAAUGCCUGAUUUCUGUUUUUAUGUUCUUACGUCAUGCAAUCAUUUACAUGAAAUAAAUCUACGCAGAAAGCA